AUGCUCUUUGCUAACCUCCGUUACGGGCUGGGUUUUCUGGCGGGUAUAGCCACCGUGUAUGCUGCCUCCGGGGUGUCUACAUUCAAUGAUUAUUCAGCUCAAAGCGGGGUUGCUUGUUCUGGCUUCUCACCAUCCAACAGCCAGGGAAAUAACAUCUUUGCUGCUGCUAUGAGCGACCUCUCUCCUUUGUGGGUGGGCGCACGCUGCGAAGGCACCAUGAAUGCAAGCAACUGCAAUGGCUCUGGCGGUUGCAUCAAUUGCGCAGGACCGGCAUGCCCGGACGAAGAAGUGUGUGGCACGUGCUUCAACGUCAAAUGCACGGGUUCCCUGGACGGUGAAACCUCUGGGUCGUGCUCUGGAAACACGAUCAAAGUGAAAAUAAUCGAUGCCUGCCCAGCCACGCACCCCGAGAAUUACUGCAAGAUUGCUCAGUUCGGUGGUAACAUCAGGCCUCAGGAAGCAUGCGAAGCCAGUGGUGUCAAUGCCCUCGACAUUGCCACUACUGCCAGAAGCUCCCUUUCAUCUUUCCAAGGAAAUUUGAACAUCGACAUCGAGUCAACUCCUUGCUGA